AUGGCAGAUUUUGGAGAGAUCCUGAGGAACAUUGGAGAAUUUGGGUUAUUCCAGCAGGUCACUCUGAUUGCACUUUGCUUUCUCAAUUUAAUUCAGCCUUUUAUUUUUGCAAGUUUCCUUUUCAUCCAGUCCGAUCCAGAGCGACACUGUGACACAGACUGGAUCCUUCGGGCGGACUCCAACCUGACCUCAGGUGAGCAGCUGAACCUGACUCUGCCCCGCGAGGAGGACGGGGCCUUCAGCCGGUGUCGGAUGUUCGUCCCGGUGGAUUGGGACAUCGGCGCCAUCAGGGAGUACGGACUCAAUGAGACCACAGGGUGCCGGGAUGGAUGGGUGUACUACAACACGCUGUACGAUACCACCAUAGUCACUGAUUUUGAUCUAGUUUGUGACCAGGCUAACAUGGUGGAAGUGACACAAGCAGUGUUCAUGGCCGGUAUUCUCAUUGGUUCUAUCAUAUUUGGACCUUUGGCUGAAUCGUUUGGUCGCAAACGAGCAGUUCAAAUUACAACAGUUCUCUUGUUCUCGUUUACCGUGACAACAGCACUAUGCCCCAAUGUCUACAUAUACUUAGCAUCCAUGUUCAUGGUAGGAAUUGGAGGUGGAGGCUAUCGAAUCAACUCCAUUAUAUUAGCCACUGAGUGGAUCGGGCCUUCCAAACGGUCGUGGGGAGCUUGUGUGUCUCAGCUGUUUGGGGCAGUGGGACAGUGCGUCCUCGCUGGUCUGAUCUACUUCAUCAGAGACUGGAGGCUGGCUCAGCUCAUCACAGCAGCUCCAAUUGCAGUGGCUGUUAUCUACAUAUGGUUCAUUCCAGAGUCAGCCAGAUGGCUGCUGAGCAGAGGAAGGACAGAAGAGGCCAAGCAGCUGAUUGUCAAGGCAGCCGCCAUCAACAAACGCACUGUUCCAGACUCUCUUCUAAACAAUAUUGCUGUGAUAAAUGUUGGGAACAAACCAGGAAUUAGAGUUAUUUUCAGAUCACCUGUACUGACCAAAUAUUUAUUCAUCAUAACAUUUUCAUGGUUUUCACUGAGCCUUGCCAUCUUCUGUUUGUACUUCAAUAUUGGAAACUUUGGCUUCAGUAUCUUUGUGACACAGCUGUUGUUUGGUGCUGUUGAAAUACCAGCUCAUAUACUGUGUAUGUGGCUGCUGGAGGUUUUUGGCAGAAAAAUAUUAUUUGUAGCAGCACUUCUGUCUGCAGGACUCUCUUGCAUACUUAUCCUGGCUGUUCCUCAAGGAAGUGACAUUGCUGUUACGUCCCUAGUCGUUGCAGCACGCUUCUUCCUGCUCUCGAGUAGUUCCAUAUGUAAUGUUUAUAUUCAGGAGUUGUUUCCAACAUCUGUUAGACAAACAGCCACAGCUUUAGGAGCCAUAUCAGGAAGAGUCGGUGGAUUACUGGCACCGCUGCUUAACAUCUUGGCUGUGUACCACUGGGCCAUACCCACCAUAGUCUUCAGCAGCUUAACACUGGUCAGUGGAGCCCUCUGCCUCCUGCUUCCUGAGACCAAGAGCAAAGACCUUCCAGAGUCAGCCGACGGGGCCGAGGAUAACAGAAACGGGACCUCCACAAACAAAACCAGAUGUUCAAAUUCGGAAUCAACCAAGCUGUAGACAUGUUUAAAAUCUAGAAAGUAUUUACUUCAAGUCAUCAUAAAAAACAGAAAAGUAGCUGUAGAAGUUAUAGUGUUGCACGCACAAAGGUCCCUUGCCUUCAGCUUGUUUUCACUACUUUAUUUGUACAUAGAC